UAUUGGGGUGAGAUCUGAAAGCGAGGGCAGGGGAGGGCGAGGGUGGAUGGUUGCGGCGUCUGAGUUGAGCCACGCCGUCAUAUUCAAUAUGUGUAUGCAAUUUGUUCUGGACCCCAACUCCCUACCUUCUCCUUCACCAAGAUUUCUACUUGUUUAGGAGCGCCAUUUCCACGCAUGGUGUAGCUUCUCUACUCAAUGACCCUCUGCUUCUGCGUUAGAGCUUCAAAGACCAUAGCCGCCACAGCUGCUAAAUACCCUUUCUCUUUCAAGGUACGCCUUCUUCUCCCCUUCUCUUCAUUGCUCCAUUCCUGCACUCUAAACAACUCCAUAGCAACCCUAUCGGAAUCCCAUUAUAGAGACCUUAUCUUCGACACUAUUGAAGAAAAGCCUUGGGCCUUUUGCAACAAUAACUGGGUCUCCGAUCAAUUUAGUGCCGUGAUCAUUGACCCUGACUUGUUUAUUCGAGUCCUCAAUUCCAUUCGAAUCCGGCCUAGAGUUGCCUUGCGUUUCUUCCGAUGGGUCGAGGCGCAGCGCGAUUUUAAGGGAUCGGAAUUUGUGUUCUGUGCUAUUCUUGAUAUUCUUGCUCAGAAUAAUUUGAUGGGUUCUGCGUAUUGGGUGAUGGAGAGGGUGGUUAGCAUUGAAAUGCACGGAGUUGUUGAUGUUUUAAUUGCUGGGCAUUUGUGUUUAGAGGCUUCAAUUAAGCUUCUUGAUAUUCUAUUGUUGAUAUGCACGAAGAAAUCAAUGGUUGAUGAAUGCUUGUUGAUUUUUGAUAAAAUGAUUCGGAAUGGUUUGCUGCCUGAUGUCAAGAACUGUAAUAGGAUUCUCAGGGUUUUAAGAGAUGAGAAUCUCGUGAGUAAAGCUAAAACUGUUUAUAGGAUGAUGGAACAGUUUGGGAUUAAGCCAACGAUUGUCACGUUUAAUACUAUGUUGGAUUCCUUUUGCAAGGAGGGGCAAGUACAUCAAGCUUUAGAGCUUCUGUCAGAGAUGCAAAAGAGAGGGUGUUUCCCAAAUGAUGUAACCUACAACGUGUUGGUCAACGGGUUGUCGAAGAAAGGAAAGCUCGAACAAGCAAAGGAACUUAUUGAAGAGAUGUUGAAUUCUGGACUCAACGUUUCAGCAUACACAUAUAAUCCUCUGAUCAAUGGUUUUUGCAAGAAAGGACUGUUUGUUGAAGCAUUCGAUCUCGUGGAAGAAAUGAUGAAUAGAAGAGCUUUCCCUACCUUAUCGACUUAUAAUACUCUCAUGUACGGCCUUUGUAAGUGGGGGCAAGUGACAGAUGCUAGACUCCAGUUUUCUGAUAUGUUUAAAAGCAACUUUAUGCCAGACAUCGUUUCGUUCAACAUCCUACUGUAUGGUUACUGUAGGUCUGGGAGUAUAAGUGAGGCCUUUCUCUUGUUUGAUGAAUUGAAAUGCAGAGAUCUCGUUCCGACCGUGGUAACAUAUAAUACUCUUAUAUAUGGGCUUUGCAGGUUGGGUUACUUGGAUGUUGCUGUAAGGUUGAAAAAGGAAAUGAUUGAUCAAGGGUUAUUCCCUGACAUCUUUACAUAUACUAUACUGGUUAAUGGGUCUUGCAAGUUAGGGAAUUUAUCAAUGGCCAGAGAGUUCUUUGAUGAGAUGUUGUGCAAGGGGUUGAAGCCUGAUCGUUUUGCUUACAUCACUCGAAUAGUAGGAGAAAUGAAACUCGGUGAUACAUCUGUGGCAUAUAGCAUGCGAGAAGAAAUGUUGGCCGAGGGUAUCCCUCCAGAUGUUGUCACAUACAACGUUUUCGUACAUGGACUUUGUGAACAGGGAAACCUUCAAGAGGCGUGUGAUCUAUUAGAGAAUAUGGUUCACAAUGGUCUUGUUCCAGACCAUGUGACGUAUACUAGUAUCAUUAACGCUUUCAUGAAAAACGGUCACUUGAGGAAGGCAAGAGAGAUUUUCAAUGAAAUGCUCAGCAAGGGUUUAGCCCCUUCUGUAGUAACAUAUACAGUUCUCAUUCAUGCACAUGCAGCUAAGGGAAUGAUGGAUCUAGCAUUUAUGUACUUCUCGAAAAUGCUCGAGAAGGGCGUUCCAGCAAACGUAAUCACAUACAAUGCAAUAAUUAAUGGGUUUUGCAAGGUGAGGAGAUUGGACGAGGCUUAUAAAUAUUUCGAUGAGAUGGAAGAAAAAGGAAUUCUUCCAAAUAAGUUUAGUUAUACCAUAUUAAUUAAUGAGAACUGCAACAUGGAUUAUUGGGAAGAAGCUCUAAGAUUGUACAGAGAAAUGCUAGAUCGAGAAAUUCAGCCUGAUUCUUUUACGCACGGCGUGCUUCUGAAGAAUCUACAUACAGAUUUUAAAGUCCAUGCAAUACAGUGUGUAGAGAGUUUGAUUCAAAAUGUUGAAGAUAAUGUAAAUGGCAGGUGAUGAUGAAGGCAAUAAUGGAUUCUCAAGUUAGAGACUGAUGAAUCCAGUGUACAUUUAUCCUAUCUAUUGAUGGUUAACCUCUCAGAAUUUCAUUGAAACAAUUAACCUCGAACAAUUCAUUUGGAUGUAAUUGAAAGCUUUAUGGAUUGAGGAUGCAUUUCAUUAGCCCCUUUUUGGUUCAUUACUUUCUGCAACAGAGUUUACGCUGAAAUCAGUGUUCGACAAAGACAUUGUUCGUCCCACAAGAUAGUUUAUGAAGAGUUAUCGUCACUGCAUCAGGUAUACAUUUGAUUUCAAACUGUAUAAGUACCUUGGAGGGUAGGGGAAGGGAAGGGAGGUCAUCAGCUUGUAUCUUCUUGUGUUUGUUGAUCUUUAGCUUGAGGAAAUAAUCGAUUUUGUUUGAUUAGCUUGGCUCUGUGAGGAAAAGGAUAGAUAGAAAGAAAGAAAAGAAUGAAUAAUUAUUUUCUGUCCUUAAUGUUUAGUAAUGGUUUAUUUAGGCCUCCUUUAGUUACCA